CUUUCUAAAAAGUGUCAGAUUUGUUUAUACUAAUUGAAAUACAACACCUAAAUUUCUUAAAAAAAACAUUCUCGCUGACUCGAAUUCUAGUUUCUACCAUGGCAAACACUGUACUCGCCAAAAUUAUUAAAGCAGGCCCCCUAAGAUCCCUUAAGCCAUCAUUCAGUAAUUGCAGUUUAACCAAAAGCCCCUAUAUUUUCACGGAUUUUAUAUAUGUGCGAUGCACGCAAGACCCAAAAGAAUGCAACAUUAGAACAAACUGGAGGCACUUGUCGGACAAGAUCUCGGAAAAGGGAAGAGGCGAUGAGAAGAAUUAUUUCUUAAAACUUAGCAGGGAACAAUUUGUUAAAAUCAAGGAGAAGAAAAUCAAAGAAAUCAUAGCGGAUAUACGAGCCCUGGAGGUUGAAGUCAGGGAAAUGGAUCGCAAGACCAGUCUCCGGGCAGAGAAAGUAAGACAGAAUUUAAUGGUGGAAAUUAGAGAACUCAAAGCCAUGCUGGAGAAAUUCAAAAAGAGUCUAUGAACAGGGAAACGAACAAAAAAUAGCCAGCCAGUAGGCUCUCACAUUGCCUUCAUUACAAAAAUGUUCAUGUUAGACAAAUUUUCAGUAAUUUCCUAAAUUCUUUCAAUACCAUUCAUCUUCAAA